AUGGACUUGUUACUAGAUGGAGUUCGAAACUCACAGGACCCUCGAUUAUCGCCUCUACCGCCUGCUCUGCUGGCAACCGUGGACAGCUCGCCGACGCACUAUCUCAAUGGCAGUGUUGCAACUGCGACUGCGGCUGGCAGAGCAUCGAUAAUAAUCCUCUGUGUCCUUCCUGUCAGAUCCCCCGUUGCACAAGCUGUAUCUACUGCUAAGAUCCAAGACAUCAGCCCCAGGACGACCUUGGCCCUGGUGUCUUAUCUUUCGCUUCUUGCAGACUGGUUCAGCUUGUAUUACUAG